AUGUCCAUGUACGAUGGCAACCAUCGUGUUUAUAUCAUGAAAUUUGCUUACCUCAAAGACCGCAACGAUCAUUGUGGAUCAAAGGAUGUGAAUCUCAUGUCAGAAUUUAUGACACGAGUCAUCAAGACAAUUUGCCAUCACGAACUGUAUGUUUGGUUUUUGGAGUCUUUCCAAACAGGGUCUAAUAUGGUAGUCCAUGUUGUAUAUUUGGAUCAUUCUGAUAUUGAAUGGCCAUGUGGGCUGAAGUUUAUGAAACGAGC